GACAGCAAGACGCAUGACGGAUGCGACUCAAACCUGUGCCCAAAUUUCUCCCAACCAAAUGUCGUCAGCUUCAGUCCUUUUGCUUUUAUCCCAAAAUAAAUUUCGCCCCUGUCGAAGAUGAGAUCAAGAAAAAUUUCGGACCCAAAAAGCGGAAGUUACUGCUCGCCAACGAAGAAAGAGAUCUGGCUAGCGAUUACCCCCACUUGAUUAAUCUCUCGGCGGAGAUAGCCCCUAUUGAUUACUUACUUCAGACAAUAAGCUUCCCUAUUCCAGAUACUUUGAGAAAUAUCCUUACUUCAUGUGAAAGUCUUGUACUAUAUUUCAAUAGGACAGAUCUUUUGUUUAUGUGGCAUGAUUCGGAGGCUAUAAGAGAAUUCGUACUUCAGGCUAAUGAAGAUGUUACAACCUUGCUCUUUGCUGCUUCUGCGAGUCUCUUCGAUGUUUAUUAUCACAUGGAAGGCGGCUUUGUUCAGUUGGACGUAUGCAUUAAACCCCGUUGUAUUCCCUCCGGUAACAGCUUGCCGACAAAUCUUCUUCAUUUGACACAGUAUGAAAAGGUACAUGAUUUCAUCACACUUCAACUUCCGGAUCACUCACUGGCAAUGCAAGAUGCCAUAGAUUUUAUCUUUGGACAACACUCGGAAACUCGGUUUGAGUUCGUUUCUCUUGUGAAGUUGCUGUAUGAUUUUUGUCAGUCCCAACAUGAGAAGAACCGGAAUUCAUGGCAGGGGGUUGGCACACUUUCGUUGCAUUGUUUUUUAUCCACUCAAUUACGACCUUACCAAGUGGAUGCGGUUAAGUGGAUGAUACACAAAGAAACCGAACCUGUCAAAAUAGAUGAGGAUAAGCUAUACAGGCUGAUGUUCUUGCCAAUUACCUUGGAGGCUACCCAACGAACGAUUCACUUCUGUAUACCAACUGGAACGUUUAUGGACAGAAAACCGGUUUUUACUAGCCCAUGUGUGGGAGGCAUUUUAGCAGAUGAGAUGGGUUUGGGUAAAACUUUGGAAGUAAUUGCCCUGAUUGCUACCCGUCCAUGGAUCGGAUGGUCGACUGAUGGGGGCUUGAUCAGAACACUCGAUGGACACCCAUUACCUGCUUGUGAUGAGAUGGAUGAUGCCCCUACUCCACCCAUGAUCGACGACGAUCCCGAUGGCUUCGUGUUGUGUUCGUGUGGCAAUGUGGACGCGACGCGUGGAUUUGACUUAGUAAAAUGUACUCGCUGUGAUGGGCCGUACCAGCACGCGGCUUGUGUCCAGUAUGAACCUGAAAAGUUCUCUUCUCGUCUCCCGGUUAAAUAUGGUUAUAUCUGCCCUCCAUGCUGGAGUAAACUCCGAAUCGAUUCAAAGGCAACAUUAAUUGUGGCUCCUGAUCACAUAUGGCAGCAGUGGAAGGAAGAGUUACAGGCGCAUGUCGUUCCCGGAGCAAUGGAAAUUUUGAUUUAUGCGGGGAUGGAGACCGCAGUCACUCCUGUGGAGCUCGGUUGCCGUGGCUCUGUAGUUAACUCAUCAAUUAACCCCUACUCUCCAAAGUCACGGGUAUCUACAACACUGGCCAAUCGGAUGCGAUCGAAGCCAGCCAAGGACGAUGUUGACACAUUGCUACCCGGCUUCAUUCAACCUGGUCAGCUGGCCUGUGCGGAUAUUGUGCUGACUUCCUACUCUGUGGUUCAGCGCGAAUUGAAUUGGGCUGAGGUGGCUGUUGAGCGCCACUCCGGUCUAGGCGACAGACCUCAACUGCGACUGACCCAGAGGUACUUGUGUCGACCGAGCCCUCUAACCUGCGUUCGUUGGUGGAGGGUUUGUCUUGACGAGGCGCAACUGGUUGAACGAAUCACAUCCAAGGCCGCCCGUAUGAUGUCUCACAUCGAAUCGGUUCAUCGUUGGUGUGUUACUGGCACUCCGGCUGAAAGAAGCAUUAAUGACUUGUUUGGGCUGUUUGCAUUUCUACGAUUCGAGCCAUUCUCAGUGCAGUCUUACUGGCACAGUCAGCUCUACCAGCCGUUUCUUGCGGCCACUGCUCCAUCAUGGCUAAUAAGUGUGGAACCACGCGCCUGUCCAGCGCCGCCCCCCAGCCCGACGUAUUCUCGAGUUCAAUCCACCCUGUUAGCUGAUAUGUUGAGUCUGAUACUGUGGAGAAACACGAAGAUUUUGUUAGGUGAUCAACUUUCGUUGCCUCCCAUUACUGAGGAAACUCAUUGGGUCACAUUCACCUCAGUAGAACGCUACAUCCAUGAUCGUGUUCUGUCCGAAUCGGCGACCGCUUUACAAUCACUCCUUAAUUCGACUUCAGUCACACCAGACCAGACGCUCGCGACACUGCCAACCUCCAUUCACUGCCGCCUCGUAUAUCUCGUUACACGAUUACGUCAAGCUUGUACACACGCGAGUCUAGUUGUCGCUACCGGGACCACUGGGAGACGUUCACGGUCCCAUAACCCUGCUCAAUCCACUGGGCACCGGUUAGGUCAUGGGGACUUGCUACUUGAUUCUGAGGACGCUGAUGACGAUGGUGAUACUAGCUACAGUAGAUUCUCCGACCUUCGUCGUGGUUCCCGUCUUGAUGGACCAAGCGCAUCUGCCGCUCGUGCUAUCCGUCACACUGGAACGGGAUGCUCCACUAUGACGGAGGUGAUUCGCCGUGUGGUGGACGAUACGAGACGUGAAUGCGAAGGCCUCCUGCGCUCAUGGGUUUUCGCUAAAAAUGGUGCUGCUGGUUGCUUUAUCAUAAAACACCAAUACGAUCUUGCCGCUGAGUGCUAUCGUGACGUGUUGCGAACAGCGGAUAAUUUGGAGAAACGACACGGUGUGUUGGCCGAUUGGAGUCAACGUCUGCACGCACUGGCCAAUCUCCAUUGGCUCAUCCAAUCCUGUGGGGUCCCAUUGCUUAACGAUCCGCUUCCAAACGAUCCUCAUGUUUCCACACAAGGCGGUCAGCUAACCAUCACCGAUCCAGAUUCGAGCGAUUCUGUUACUUUAGAUCCGCGUGUUGAUCGUGACUUGGUCCCGAAAGCCGAACGACUCCGUUCACUUUACAUUCAACUGCAUUCACGUCUUCUAUCACGCGUCCACGAGAACCUGGAGCCUGUUGUCUCAGAGCUGGAUUCGGAAUUCACCAAUACGGAGGAUGAACUAGCAGACAUACACACAACUUUCGUUCCGUACGGAGCAAGCUGGCUUACCUGGUUGUCCGAUGCGGUGCAGUACCUAAUUGACUGUGGUCUUGGAUCGAAUUUGAUUGAAAUGACAGUGUCCAGCUUUCGAGGGAAACCUGGGGUUAACCGAAGUUCAUUCAGAACAAUCCUCCUUGAAGUACGUUCUGUGGAGGCCUUUAAAGCGACGCUACUCACCGAAACUCUUGAAAUACUGAAAGCACGCCACCGUCUGCGCACUGCGAUGAAACCAUUGGUGGAUACAUGGCAUUCAUUCAAAGCUGGCAAAGCCGUGAAUCAGUCAGUUCUGCAAUCCUUUUACGCGUGCUGUGCUCGAAGUCAAGAGGACUCAAAGGAGGACUUUCGGACCCAGUCCGAGUUUCAGGCCAGCGGCAAACAGAAGGUGGCGAACAAAGGCAGAGAGUUGAAAAAUUUGGAUGCAUUGUCAGAUAGUAAACAGAAGCCUAGAAAGAAGUCGCAUUGUGCAUACUGCAUCGCUAUGCGCGCUUUGAUUGACUACCAGUGCGCCCUAAAUCACGAACGCCCUAAAGCUGGGUACUCGACAGCGAAAGAGCAAAUAGAGAAACUUGAUGCGGCUGAUCAAAUCGACGGGUCUGGAUCCGGAAUGAUGAGAAGCAACCCGCUCAUUGUCUCCAUUUCUAUUGUUUGUCAGCAGAUAAUUAAAAGGAGACCACACGACACUUUGCAAGGCGAUUGGCAUCGUCAAGCCCGACGUCUGGAACAGCUGUUUCGUCAAAUGAGCAAGGAAUUUUUGCUGACCAGUAGUACUUUGACUCUGACCAAGGAGUGGUGGAACUUCCAUUACGAUAUGGAGCAAUUUGUGAUUCGUCUUCAAGCGAAUUGUCCCUCCGAGCUGGCAUUCAUUGAAUCUCAUGAGGUUGAAUCUCAGCUGCACACUUACGUCGUCGAUUCCCAACUUGUUUGGCCGCGUUUGCAGUCUCGUUUGGGUCACUUUGGCUUUUUGCGCAACGCGUACCUCGCAGCGGUGACCGGGGCAGACCAAAGCACCAAAAAUCCGGAUGCGAAAUUGACCACAACCUUCCGAUUGGAAUGCCCUACUUGUUUACAGACACAUAAUCCGAAAAACCCCACUUUUGCCCUGUUGCCUGGUUGCUGGCACACGUUAUGCUUGCCAUGUCAUGACCGAAUCGCCUCGUCCGGUCAUCUAUCUCAGCGACGUUGUCCUCUGUGCCGUACUCCAUUUCAUUCGAAUGAAACUAGUGGAUUCAACGCUCGACGUCGCCGUCCUCUCACACUUAUUCACUACGAUGGAUCUCAAAAUAAGGUUGUUCCUGAGAGUUCAAAACCAUUUAAUGAAUUGGAGCCUCCAGUUGUGGGUGAUCACAGUUCGAAAAUCCAGGCAGUAAUCCGGUGUCUGAGGAAAAUCAAAGAGUUCGACCCUGAUGCGAAGGCUAUCGUUUUCAGUUCUUGGUUGUCCGUCUUGAUUACCACUGCCAAUGCGCUGGAGCAGAAUGGCCUCGCUUACGUCACCUUAUUUCAGCCCCGUCACGCAUGUUGCCCCGGUCGUCUUGCCGGUUUCCACUGUCCCGGUUCGGCCACAUGGAUUUUGCUCAUGCCCAUUCAGCUCGGCGCAAAUGGGCUCAAUUUGACCAGUGCGAACCAUUUGCUCCUCAUAGAUCCAGUACUCUCACACGGCAGAGAAGCUCAGGCGAUUGCGCGCAUGCACCGUAUCGGACAAACACGUGCUGGCGUAGUGCAUCGGUUCCUGGUCCGUGACAGUAUCGAAGCCACUCUCCACAGUUCGCACAUGCGCGCUCAAGCCGAGGCAAUGCGAGCCGACCCCUCAUUAACCUCAAUGGCGACUACCGGCUGCAUGAUUGGCGCUGGCCCUCGACGCUCCACUCACGGGUCGUCCGGGUUACCAGGUCCUGGGGAGGACAGGGCAUUCUUGAUGCAAAUGACCAUAGGACAGCUUUCGGGGUUGCUCCAGUCUAGAGUCACUUGUGACCUGUCGGCCGAGGAUUGGGAUUGGGCCACCCCGUCUUUUUCAUUUAACUCUGAUUCGAAACCUUCACAAAGCAUGUAGAUCUAUGGGAUUUUCAUCAUUUCUUGUACCUAUUUGACUGCAUUUCCAAGUUGGUUUUUAUAUAUUUAUCCACUUUUAUUUAUUGAUCAGUACUUUUGCUCUUUUCUUAAAUAAACCUGUAUCAUUGUCGCAA